GAUCCAAGUGAGUUACGAUUUAUUUUGGUAUCGCUGGUUGUCGAAAUUUGGUCGUUUGUGCAUCAAAGCUAACAAAAUAAAAACAAGUGAAACUAGGAAACGGAACAGUUAACUUCUCGCAUCAAGUUCUUCCAGCAGCGGGGAAGAGGUUUCCUGCUUCCGCCCCACACUCGCGAUGGUAUCCAAAGGUGAUCAAGUCGCCCUGAGCUUCCACGAGUCGUGCCUGCGCCUGUCGGAUGUUGAGCUGCUCAAGGGACCCUUCUGGCUGAACGACCAAAUUAUUUCGUUCUACUUCGAGUAUCUGGAGAAGCUGAUGUUCAAGGACGAGGAGGACAUCCUGUUCGUUAGCCCGGAAGUGACGCAGUGUAUUCGUAUGGUGUCGGAACCGGAGGUGGGUAUUUUUUUGGAACCGCUAAAGGCCAACGAGCGGGCGUUCAUCUUUUUCGCUCUGAACGAUAACCAGAUAGCUGACCGGGCUGGAGGUUCCCACUGGAGCCUGCUGGUUUUCUCCCGCCCGGAACGAGCCUUCUUCCAUUUUGAUUCUUCGCACAACAGCAAUUCGGACAUUUGCCGACAGUUUGUGGCAGUCCUGAAGCGUGCCUUGCGAUGUCCCGAUGCUCAGCUGCGAACCGGAGAUUGUCUUCAGCAGAGCAACGGGUACGAUUGUGGGGUCCAUGUGCUAUGUACGGUUGACAAAACUACCCAGCAGAUUCGCAAGAGCGGACGAAUCGAGGGAGUGAAAAGCGCCCGGUACGAUGUUGUUCGAGGAAAGAGGGAAGAAAUCUUACACACGAUUAUCGAUCUUGGCGGCAGAAUAAAUUAGGACAGUUUGGCCAGCAGCAGCAAUUGACACACAUACGACACACAAACAAAAAUGAUAGUGACCUAAUAUAGGAGAUUGUGGCGUUUUUUAUACCUAGAUAUGACAUAUGGGGAUUUUUUUUUAUUAUCUGACAAUUUGCGCCGGGGGUCUUCAGAUUUUCCCCAAAAUUGAAAAUUUGAUUCAUUUUUGCGACUUAAAAACACAUGUAUUUUUUCAGAUUUCUAACAUUUUUAUUUUUUGAGUUAGCUUCGGUUAGAUUUUUUUGUAAAUAAAAAAUAACCAUUUUUCAAAGCUACAUAACUCUGUUGUUUCUCAACGGAAAUUAUAAAAUAACACAUCAAAAUGCAUUGAAAUUUUAACAGCUUUCCAAAUAGAAUAGUUGAAAAAAAUUAAAUAAUGACCUUCAACAUGAAAAGUUGUAAAUAAACUUUAAAUGGCGUCUAAAAGUACCGUCUGCACCACCGAAUAUUUUGCAAAAAAUACCAUUGUAUAGCUCGAUUCAUGAUGCAACUUUCAUCUGAAGACACCAAAGUGGGCCAUUAACACCUUGAAGAGUUAUGAAAGAAAUAAUGACAAUAAAUCUCUAUUUUUGCAUCGAAAACAAACAAUGGUCGAACAACUGCACUCACAUAUGGAGAUAGCAAGCACUUCUAACAACAUGGAAACAAAAGAACUUACCAAAGCAGGUAAAAAAACACUACUUUUUUGUGCUUUGUAGAGUGUUUGCAGCAAAAAUGACUUUAAAUUUUAACCAAAAUUCUGAGUAUCGUUUUGUUUAAUAAUGGGAAUGUUGCUUUUACAACCUGGUCAUAUACUAUAUAACUUAUUAAUUUUUCGAUCAAAGAUCAUUGUGAAGCAUAAUCAAUGCCAAUAGUAGAAGGUUCAGUCCCUGUGUUUGGGAUCACAAAAAUGUGAUUAAAAAGAUGAAAUAUAGACGUGCUUUACAUAGGUUUUAUAUCGGGAGCUAAGCACUGGACACCAAAAACCUUUCCCAUUGAUCAAAAAAGUAUGAAAAAGUGGCACAAAUGUUGAAGAAAUAAUCAAAGAGCUCAGUGUGGCCAGCCCAGGCUGUAAAAUGAUGAAAAUAUGUUACUUCGUUUUCUAGAUUCGCCCAGUUUUGAGGUUUACCAUACUAGAACGAACAUAAUUUGUCGUCAGUGUUUUGCUACCUCGAUCGCUCACGCACGAAUCUUCAGUGUUCCACCGUCUAUUUUAAAUCAAAUCUGGGGAAUUACGGAUGCAAAUCUUAACGCAUAAACUUCUAAAAAUGACAGUAAAAUGUGCAUAACUUGUUGUGAUCUGGUGCAAAACUGGGUAUAAACGAAUACGUUAUUAGAUUUUUGGAUAUAACAUGAAGUCAGUUAAGCUGCAACAAUCUACCGCCCCUUCUUUCAUAACAGUCCCAUAUACAAAAAUAAGGAAGCGAGACAAUCAGCUUUUUCUGUUUUGGAAUAUAUUUUUAAAUUGUGACCACCACUUUCAGCAUAAACGAAAAUCGUUUCUAGGUUGUCAUAAUAAAUCGUUAGACCUGAAAUUUUCGGAAUUGGGCUAUUGGUAAGGUCUAGAGCACUAUUUUUAUUCAUAAUGGGACUGUUAAUCAACCAUAUUUGAAACCUUUUUCGAAUCUACUGACAUAACAAUCCCAUACAAAAUAUAUUUUUCUCACCAAGCUACUUUCUAAGACUUAAAUUUGAUCAUUUUUGACUUCUAAAUGCAAUUGUCAGAAAAAGAAACAUACUUUUGCAAAAAAAAUAUCAUGAAUUCCACAUUGUAAGUUGAAUCUUUUUACGAUUUUUGAUUGCAUCCGAUAGUUUUUCGCUCAGGAAGUCAUUCCUAAGAAAGUCAGACCUGCCUUCGAAAACUAGUGUGCAUCAUUCGACAUCAAGUGAGUUAAAAAAAUGUUUAAAUGAUUCGAAGCAAUAAACCAAAGACUAUAUCGCCGAAAGAAACAUUGAAAAGUAACCAAAUCCGUGGUAUUCCAAAUAUGGGAUUGUUAUUCAGGUAUAUUUCAUAUAGGAUAGCCACGAAUUGAUAUUUUUUUCGAAAUUUCUAGAACAAAACCUCUUUUUUUAGUCUUUUAUGUUGAAGCCUUAUGUUGACCUAAAAUGACGAAAAUUCAUAUGGCACUGUUAUGCGAGUAGAGGCAGUCUUAAAAGGACGAAAAAAUAGUGUUUUUUACCAGCUUUGAUAAGUUCUUUUGUUUUCAUGUUGUUAGAAGUGCUUGCUAUCUCCAUAUGUGAGUGCAGUUGUUCCACCAUUGUUUGUUUUCGAUGCAAAAAAAGAGAUUUAUUGUCAUUAUUUCUUUCAUAACUCUUCAAGGUGUUAAUGGCCCACUUUGGUGUCUUCAGAUGAAAGUUGCAUCAUGAAUCGAGCUAUACAAUGGUAUUUUUUGCAAAAUAUUCGGUGGUGCAGACGGUACUUUUAGACGCCAUUUAAAGUUUAUUUACAACUUUUCAUGUUGAAGGUCAUUAUUUAAUUUUUUUCAACUAUUCUAUUUGGAAAGCUGAUAAAAUUUCAAUGCAUUUUGAUGUGCUAUUUUAUAAUUUCCGUUGAGAAACAACAGAGUUAUGUAGCUUUGAAAAAUGGUUAUUUUUUAUUUACAAAAAAAUCUAACCGAAGCUAACUCAAAAAAUAAAAAUGUUAGAAAUCUGAAAAAAUACAUGUGUUUUUAAGUCGCAAAAAUGAACCAAAUUUUCAAUUUUGGGGAAAAUCUGAAGACCCCCGGCGCAAACCCGUCAGAUAAUAAAAAAAAAUCCCCAUAUGCAUUCUCAUAAAAUUUCCGUUGUGUUUCCUCCUAGUGGUGGGAUUGAUUAUUAUGUGAGAUGUUUUACAAUAGUUCACACCUGUUUGCCGAUUGUAUUGUAGAUGCUAGUAAUUUAUUUCAAUAUUUUGUAACAAAAAAAAAAAACGAA